CGCCCCUCGUGCGUCAUUCCUCAAGCUGCAACUCAUUUCUUCUUCCAAGAUGCAACGGGCACUUGAGAAAAUACGACCACACACGUUAUCAUCACUUCCCCACCAGAAGACACCCGCCACUCUCUUACUUGCACUGGAAUCCACUAUCGAGGAGCAGAAGACAGAACGGACACCAACAGCGUACUUCGCCCUACUUUUGACAACGCUGGAUGGGAACAUUCAAAAACAAAAUGUUGAAAUGGGCGAGGGGGAUAUUCUUCCAGCUCUGCUAUAUCUACUAGCAACAAUUGCCCCAUUUGUGUCGCAACCGGUGCUUCGAUCCAACCUACCAACUGUUUUAUCCUUAACUGCACCAUUAUUUCCCUCCCUCCUCAUUCAUGCACCACCUCUUCGAUCUCAAUUGUCGCUAUAUCAUGCAAUAUUUACGUCCCUUGAUCGCUCUCAGCUCGAGCUAAGGGAUGUUCGUCAAGCAUUUGCGUCUAUAUUGCAACUUUGUCUUGACCCUCGCCCUAAAGUUCGUAAAAGGGCAUCUGACCUUGUAAAGGAUGUCCUCGCGUCGCCUCCCGCACCCUUACUGCAGCACCCUUACGCAGACCGUGUUGCAGAAUGGGUCACGGCAGUCCUUGUCGACGUCAAUCAAGGUCCACUCUCUCGAUCCAAGCAAGGGAAGUCUAGCCCGGGUGCAGAACAGGCUAUACAUCUAUUGGCAUUUCUACGCCCAAUUCUCUCAUAUCUUCCACCGUCCUCCUUGCCCCCGAUAUCCACCUUAAUUCUAUCCUUACCCCGGCUCGGAAACUCAUUUCUUUCUCAAGCUGCGUAUUCAGUAUUGUCAGAUCUUUGUUCCUUGAAUAUGGAAGAUGAUCAUUCACAUACGACCACUUCAAUCCCUGAUAUUCUCAAGGCAAUCCUUUCUUUCCCACCUUCACGUUCAGAUGCAUCUUUGUCUUCCACUUGGAUCCAUCUCAUUGGAGAAGCGAUGCUAGUGUAUCGACGAACAAAUCCAAGCGAAUGUUCUACCGAAGUCGGAAAGGCGUGGAAGACAAUAUGGGUGUUUUUAGAAUCGUCAGAUCCUGCAAUAAGAAAAGAAUCCUCGCAUGCACUUGGAGUCCUCUCACGAUGUUUCAGCCUAUCCAUGAUACAAGCGGCUGUCUCGGACAGCGAAAAGGCCGUCGUUGCCAAGGCCAUCUCCCAGAUUUCCAAAGCGCUCGAGUCGUUGACGUAUAAUCGCGCGGUUCCGGACCUAUUAGCUCUAACCUCUUCCUUGAUCGAAAAUCUGUACUCUAUUGAAGGUAGCACGCCGGCGCUGGUGCAGGAGCUGUGCGAUCCUCUUAUUAGACGGAUUGGCCAACUCAGGACGCAGAAAGGCUUCGAAUACCGAGAGUCUGCUGAUUCGACAUUGGGUACUGCAGUACGAGCUUUGGGACCACAAGUGCUGUUGAGCAUCCUUCCUCUGAACCUGGAACCCAAAGAUAGAGACGCAGGUCAUGAGCCGCGAGCUUAUCUUCUACCUUUAUUGGCACAGCCUCAUCCAUCGCCACUCUCUCAUUUCGUGGACUAUUUCGUUCCUCUCAGCGAACGGAUGUUCGAUUUAGAGCAGAAAGCCGAAACGGAAGGGCGGCAGUCUGAGAGCAAAGUCUGGCAUGUACUUGUGGCGCAGACGUGGGCAGGAUUUGCGGGGUACUGCCACGGUACACCAGACUUGGAGCAGUCGUUAACACAGGCCUUCUCGCAACUUCUCUCGCAGCUCCUGUACAGUCAAGUAGAGCUUAGGCCCGCUGUCUUGAAAGGAUUGAGAACCAUGGUGGAUUCGAAUCGUGCUAUCGCGGCGUCGACUGAAGGUGCAGUGAACCCGAAUCGUAUCACUGCGGAGUUGGCAAGCCGUAACAUCGAAUUUCUGCGAACACAAGCGGAGAGUUGGCUUGCCGUCUUCUUCAAUGUCUUUGGCAGUAUUGGCAGGGAUAGUCGCAGCUCUGUUGGAGACGUCAUUGCCUCUUGGGUUUCCAUUGCUGGAGAAUCGAACAUAGCCAAUGCGUAUGCUAAAGUCCUUGAAAUGUUCAAGACAAAUUUGCGUCAACCAUCCAAUGGCUCCAGUGACGGCAACAUGGUCAUAAUUACUCAAGAUCUUCUAAUCAUGAUUUUGUCCCACCUUUCUGCAGCCGACGCUAAUGCUCUGUUCACGCUUUGUUUGUCAGAAGAAGUUUUGUGUUCGAAAGACAACGGAGUGCAAAAACGAGGCUACAAAAUCUUAUCUAGACUUGUUGAAUGUAGCAACAUCUCGAUAGACACCGAAUCCGUGAUUCGUCAAUUAGGAGAGUACACUGAUGGUCUUGUUCCGGCUGCGAAGAAGGACCGAUUCGCUCUUUUAGCUUCUUUAGUACCUUCAAUCUCGCCCUCCGCUAUGCACCUCAUUCCAUCCUUGAUACCCGAAGCAGUCCUUGGGACAAAAGAACCUUCUGAUAAAGCCAGAAACGCUGCAUUCGAUCUUAUCAUCGCUAUGGGUAGAAAGAUGAGUGAAGGUGGUGUAGUCAAACGCAACAUGGUUGAUGGCAUGGACGAGGAUUCACAGGAAGAUGCCACUGCGAGCAUUGAAGAGUUCAUGAUGAUGAUAUCGGGCGGGCUUGCGGGUGCAACGCCUCACAUGAUCAGUGCAACUGUAACUGCAUUGUCGCGUCUGGUGUUCGAGUUCAAAGAUGCUAUUUCGACACAAAUGCACACCGAAAUAUUCACCACCCUCCUUGUGUUCCUCACUUCUGCGAAUCGAGAGAUUGUCAAAUCAAUUCUCGGCUUCGUCAAACUCGCUAUCCACUCGCUUCCCGUUGAAAUUAUCCGGCCACAUCUGAACGUUCUUGUUCCUGGUCUGCUGGGUUGGUCGCAUGAUCACAAGAACCAUUUCAAGGCCAAGGUUCGCCAUAUUUUUGAGCGAAUGCUGAGAAGAUUCACUUGGGAAGAAGUACACUCAUGUGCUGGCGAAGACGAAGCUGCAAAAGUUAUAAUCAAUAUCAAGAAGCGGAAGGAGCGCGCCAAACGCAAGAAAGCCAAUAAAGAGGAGAGUGACAACGAAGCUCCUGUUAAAGCCACAACCGGUGAUGCUUUCGAAGAUGUCUUAUACGGUAGUGAAAGCGAGCUUGAGGAUAGUGAUGAUGAACAAGAACCGUCGAAGCCAACCAACCCUCGGAACCAACGGAAAUUCGAAGGAUCACGUUUGCGGAUGGACAACGACGAGCCCAUGGAUCUACUCCAAGGGACGGCGUCUCGGGUGACAAAUGCACAAUCAAGUCGCCGUCGAAAGCCUGGGCAAGAAGCCUCACAAUUCAAGACGGAUGACGAUACAGGAAAAAUGAUCAUUGAUGACUCGGACAACGAUGAGGCAGGCGACACAAAGAUAGAUAUCGCUGGUGAAGCCUAUCGCGAGAGUGUUACGUCGGUAGAUGGUUUCAAGCGAGGAGCCAACGGCCGGGUCAAGUUCAACAAGGACACCAAAAAACGAAGACGAGAGGAUGGUGCUGCCGAUGAGGACGUCGAGAUGGGUGAUGGCGACAUCUCCGCCAAAGUUCAGAAAUCCAAACGGAAGAGUGAUGAUAAACUCGGUCAUGAAUUUAAAGCGAAGAGAGCGGGUGGGGACGUAAAAAAGGGUGCUUUGGAUCCGCAUGCAUAUUUGACUCUUUCCCAAGCAUCAAAACGAGGGGGGCGGAAGGGCCAGCCGCGGAUGGGUAUAACAGGAAAACGCUGAUUUUGGAAGAUAUGGUAUUCUUCCUGGCAUCUAGAGACGGUAUGAUACGAUAUACUGUACAUCUUUGACUCGUGUAAGAUGAUUGAAGGGUACAACGGUACAAUUUAUGCUCUCGUGUACGAGAAAUUCUUGAACUUCAUCCAUACAAUGUCUGGUCAUGCGGCGUCCCAAAUAGGCCUUGAUUCCAGC